UCCAUCCUAUCUCCUAUAUUCGAGAUGCUGGUGAGGAGCCUUCUGGCCGUACUACUACCUCCGAAGCUCAGGACACACAGCACCAAUCGGGAGAUAGCACUGUCACUAAUCGACAGACUGCCGGCGCUACUGCUUCUCACACUACCACACCUAGCCCAGGAGCAGCUGAAAGCUCUACAUCUAGCUCAUCUGACAUGGGCAGUAGUUUUUCUUCCUCUAGCACAACAGUGGACGACAAAAAUUCCACCCAACAGUCUUCGGCUAAUACCAACGCGUCCGCGUCCGCGUCUGCUCCCCCCAAUACGGCGGCUAGCAACAAUGACGGUACAACGUCUCAGCACCCCGUGAACCACGGCUCCUCUUCUACAACUUACGCAUUUACCGCGGGCGACACACAGCAACAACAACAGCAACAGCAAGCGUCUUCUGAAUCAGAACAUACUGCUGCAGCACCGCCUCCUCCCGGUCCUCCUCCCAAUCCGCCUGCGACACCGGCAGCAGCUGCACCUGAACCUGACCCGCAACCUCCCCGAGCUUGCAAUUGCGACACCCCAGGUGCGACCGGCCAAGAUCCUGCUGCGGAAUCUACACCUAACAAUCCAGCCGCAUCUGAAGCUCAUCCCGGAAACCAACAGCAGACAUACCACCCUCGAGUUGUGUCCCACAUCGUUCCACCUAUCGGACCUCACGCCGCCGCCGCCAUGGGUCAUCAACAGCAGCGACCUAUCUACAUCCUGAGCUCCGCUCCCGGCCAAGCGCCUCCCCAGAAUGCCGCUUUUUCAGGCGUGAACUCGAACCAGCCGUACCUCUGGGUGAAUCCUCCUCUCGUGGCGCCCUCUGUUCCUCCCCCUCCUCAGGGCAACACCGGAUCAUGGUGCUACCCCAGCCAGUCCCCUUUCUGGGCCGGCGCAUCAGCAAACCAGACCAACCCGCCUCCCCAGUUCUACGUCGCGGAGCAGGGUUACGUUGCCCAACCUACGUACGUCGCCACCACCACCCAGCAGGCACCCCAACAGACGCCCCAGGUACAGUACUAUGUCAACGGAACCACAGGCCCGAUCGUGUACUACACACAGUAAAACUUGCCGUGGUACUGUCGCUGACAUGGCUCUCUGAUGGACGCCGAGGGAGGGGGAGCUGGAAUCACAGUCGUGGUUAUGGAAGGUCAGGGUCAUAUUGAAGAGGGAGGGUUUACCUUUGAUUCAUACGCACAAUGGAAGUUCACAGAGACUCCAACGAACGUGAUGAGCAGAAAAGGACAUGAGACACACCCCCUUUUAGUUCCCGUGGCGUUGCGGGCUUUUCAUCAUAAACUUCUGGUGAUUCCUUAGGGCUAUAGCUUUCAUGUAUGCUUUAUUCUAAAACUUUUCACGAAAUAAAAAAUACUCCGAUGUUUUCUGGA